AUGUGCCAAUUUCUUUUUGAGUUCACAGCUCAUGAAGAGAUUAAAGUUCUAAGUUGUGGCCUUGGAGUUCAGGAUGAACAUAUGGCUGACCAAGCACUGACCUUUUAUAAAAUGGCGCUUCAUCAAAACUUCACUCGUGGACGUAAAUCAGAGCAAGUACAGGCUGCUUGUCUCUAUAUUGCAUUUCGGCACAACAACAAGCCGUACCUUCUUAUUGAUUUUUCAAAUUAUUUAAGAAUAGAUGUUUAUGCUCUAGGAUCAGUUUUCUUGCAGCUUUGUGAAGUGCUGAGUCUUGGAGAGCACCCAAUUGUUCAAAAGCCUAUUGAUCCUAGCCUUUUUAUUCAUAGAUAUACUAAAAAUUUGAUUAAGCGAGGGAGUAAGGCGGUCUCUGAUACUGCUCUGACCAUUGUUGCAAGUAUGAAACGAGACUGGAUGCAGACAGGAAGGAAACCUAGUGGUCUAUGUGGUGCGGCAUUAUACAUUUCUGCUUUUGCACAUGGAAUUAAAUGCUCUAAACCCGAUAUUCUUAGAAUCGUCCAUGUAUGUGAAGCAACAUUGACCAAACGAUUGGUUGAAUUUGAGAAUACGAAAUGUUCUAGCUUGACAGUUGAGGAGUUGGAUACAUUGGCAAAGGAGCAAGAAAACAAUCCAACAGUAAUGCCAGAAGGUGAAUUGAAAGGGGUUACUUCGAAAGAUCUACUAUGUGAGCGCAAGGACAGUGGGGCUUCCCAUUUUGCACUUGGAUUGUGUGAAGAAUGCUAUAAGGACUUAGAUAAGCUCUCUGGUGGACUUGGUGGUGGUUCGGAUCCUCCUGCAUUCCAGCGUGCUGAGAGGGAAAGAGAGAAAAGGGCACUUCUCAAAGAGAGUGUUGAUGAAGCAUGUGAUUUGGCGAAUGCAUCAAAUGAUCAGUUUAAGAGCCAUAGAGAAGAUUUGCCUGUGCCAGAAGGGGCUAAUGUUGCUCAUGAGUCCAUUAAAGAUGGUGAAUAUGAUGAUUCAUUUAGAGAAGAUGAAUCAGAAACUUUAUCUGAUAUUGAUGAUGAAGACGUUGAUUUAUACAUUCAUGAUGAGAAGGAGAGGAAGAUCAAGAAGAUACUGUGGGAAGCAGUAAAUCGGGAGUAUCUUGAGGAGCAGGCAGCCAAGGAAGCACUUGCAGCAGCUAAUAAGAAAGCUUUUGAGGCAAAUUUUGAAAACUGUUCAGAGGAUUUACUUGCACCAAGAGAGCUCGCUGCAUCUGCUUCUGAAGCUGUGGCAAAAUCCAGAAAGGAAAUGAAACAGAGACGAGCCAAUGAGGCAAAAAAUAUGGGGCCAGCUCGAUCUGCUGCAGAGGCCUUCGGCCAAAUGUCUAAUGAAAAAAGGCAAUUGCAGAGUCUGAAAUCUAAAGUCAAUUUUGAUCGCCUGGGUGAAUUAUUUAAUGAACUGGAAAAAACGGAUGAUCCCAAAAAAGAAAAGAAAGCACGAUUUGAUCCGCCCCUAGAUAAUCAUGACAACUUACAUUGAGCGAUUCUUCCAACCUAUACUUUAUUUUGUAAUACGUACUCUUUGUCAAUUUUUCUAUUGAUUCAAAUGAAUUGGAAAUCA